UGGCGAAGCAGAGCUGAGGAGCAGAAUGUCAGGACGUCUCAUUAUGGUCAACAUGAUGUGCAGGGAAAUGUCAACCACCGAGUCUAUGGAAAUUCCUCGAGUUCAGAUUAUCUUCUCGCCUUGCGUGGCUUUUAGAGUAGUUGGAUCCCCGAUGAAGCAUCUCACGAAUGUGAGCGAAGUGGCCUUCGCCCAAGACAGCCAAACGGAGUCGAGCAGCAUCACCAGCGAGUCUAUGAGCGUCUCGGAAUACGUCGCCAUCGGCAUCUGCUCGGUGCUUCUGGGCCUCAUCUACGUCGCCUCGGUCUUCCUCUACCUGCACCUGCGGAGACGGAACAGAUCCGACUCGUCGGAGAAGUCUGACGAAGACAAGAGCAUUCGCGGCAUUGAAGAAGGGGUGGUCAAGAGCAACCCUCUGCUCUCGAUGCCGACGCACUUCAUACAGGGCGAGACGGCGUACAGCGACACCAACAGUUCGGAUAACGACGCCGCGCCGGAUAUAAUCAAGCAUUACGAGGACAGGAAGAAACAGGUGAGUUUGUGGAAAAUGCCGAACUUCGAAAACAUCUUGUAUGAGGAGUGA